AAGAUAAAGAAUUAUUGAGCGAGUCAUCUAGUACUUGCAGAUUUGUUUUCCAUCUUGGUGCAGGCUGCAUUGUUUCGGAACGAAUCCUACAUUGUGAAAAGCGAAAGCCCCCGCAUCCCGCUGCCAAGUCAAUUUUUUCUUUCUCCCGGAUUGAUUAUGAUUUCGUGAUAAGUAGAGCUACGUACUAUUCUAUUGUGCCUUCAUUUUUGCUGUUGUAUGUUUGUAGUUGGUUUACAAGUUGUUGCGCUUUCUUUGCGCAUCAAUCUUCACGACUGAUUCAAUCCAAAAAAAGACAAUGUGUCCGAACCUCACGCCCGCCAGUGCCAGCUCCUCCUCGACCGGAGGCUCGCCCUCGGCGUCUGCAGCAAAGCCACUGUCACCACCUGAACCAACCGAGAUCUUCUGCCACUUACCACUUCCAAAUGGGACUUUUUACACCCGAAAAGUCAACAUAAUCGAUUACGGUAUGACGUUUGCGAUGGUAAAAAGACACUUCCUGCAGGAUGCGCAGAUUGCCCACCCGGAGAUUCUGGGUAGCAGUCAAAAAUGGCAGUUUUUCACCGACCAAAAUUUCUGCAUUCCAGACGUGAACCCGAUUGGGAUGUUCUGCCCCUUACCACUUGUGGAAAACGGCAACAGUAAUACAACACGACGGGGUAUCCAAUGCAAAUGAUGUGCCUGGGUCUGGAAGACGCCCGACGCUUUUCAGGCGGUUUGCGCAUGUGCGCGAAGGGCGGGAUACAUAGCACGGAAAGCAUGGCAAGUUCUUUUCUGCGGGGGCUUCUCCAUGCCUUGUCUGCAUAAGAAAACUUCCGUCCCCGCCUGGAGACAAAAAUUGCGCAUCUUUUUUUACUGACUGUGUAUACAGCACAGAAGAUUUUUCGUCCUUUCAGAAUCCGCAUUUGAAGUUUGCUUUCUUCCAGAGGGCAGUUCCUGGCUCGCCUGGGCAGUGCCCAAGAAGCUUGCUCCACAUUGCGUUCUUCCAGACCCAGACAUGUUUGCAAUGCAUACAGGGUAAAAAGAUCGAGGAAGACGAGAAACGGUUUGCGAUAUGAGAGUACACAACUAGUACCCCAGGUUCUCAAUUCUCAUGCAAAACAGUAACUCCACACUUUCCCUCGUGGUCCUGUCACUACUAUGCAUGAUAGGUCCAUCUUGCAGCCCAAACAGCAUCACAACCCUGGGAAAACUUUAUCUUGCAAAACCAGGGGGAGUCGUGAGGUUGUGCACUCUCAUACAAGAAGCACGAGUACUACAAAAUUGCGGAAACAGCACCUGACUUUCACGACGAUUUUUUUCUGAAGCCAGCGACCGAGAACAGCGAAAACUCCUUGUCGAAGGGGAAUGAACUGUCCUACUACUACGCCCACGGCACAAAGGCGGACAGUAGCAGCAGCCAAAAUAGUACAACGGCGCGGGCGCCGCUUGAGCUAUCGCAGACAGCGUCGAAGGGAACAAUAUGCUCUGCAAAAGUUGUAUCAUAGUCGUACUAAUUGCAUUCGUGCAGGACAAAUCCUGUUUCAUAGCCAAAUCAGCGUUAGGAAUUCCAUUUUUCCUCCUGGAAAAGUUUGUGAUGCGAUUUAUAGAUACUUACUAGAACGAUACUUUUUUUGCAAUCCAUAAACAAGUGCGACGCACAACAAAAGGCAAAGUCCGUUCGGAACCAACAUCGAAUUGUACGAGACAAUCACAAAGUAUAGAUGGUUUGUCGUUAUGUGUUGAGCUCCUUUGAUUUGUCAUGCGGAGCUGCGUUUUACCUUUACAAUUACAUGCAGAUACAGACCUCGUUUUGAUGUUUUUGGUCUUGAUAUGCAGAACGCGAUCGCAAAAAUGACCGCAUUGCAUCAAACAUGCAGGUACUCGUUCGAAGAUCACAACAACACGACGGUGAAAGUGUUCGUUCCGCUCGACAACGUGGGCAAACUGGACGCGAGCAAGGUCGAAUCGAGGUUUGGCGAAAGGUAUCAUAAGGACAUAGAUACUCAUACUCUUGUUUGUUUUCGGCGCAUAAGAGUUUAGUGAGGACGCAUUAGUAGGCUGGAAAGAACGAAAACGAGAAGCAAGAGCGUCUUUAGUGCCUUUUCUCCUUGUUAUGUGGCGUUGUAUCAUUGUGACUUUAGAAUCCGCCACCCCAGGUCCUUCGAGCUCCUUGUCCACGGUUACCAGGGAAAGAAUUGGCGACUCGGGUGCGCAAAGACGCACGAAUUCAUCAACGUGGAGAAGUCACGACACGCGAUCCGGAACAACAAAGUCACGCUCUAUUUGCACAAAGCGUAUCCACUGCACAUAUCGAUCUGGGUCUGGAGGAAGGCAGAUGUAAUCGAAUCCGUCAUGAUCCUGCAUUAGCAUUUUGAUUUUUGUUUUUCUGACCUACAAGAGGGCUUUAUGCAGCAAGAGCAACAAGCAGAGCAUAUCCAUAUGCAUAACUAAAAACAAGUUACGCAGGGGCCUUUCCUUGCUUGCUAACGGGAAUGAAAAGAACAAGUGCCGCUCCUCCCCGAGAAACAAGCGCACUUAUGUUGCUUAGGAAGCCUCAUUUUCUUGUUUCGGUGCUACAGAACCAGAAGCAGCAUCACUAUCACAAGUUUGCAUCCUUCGAGGCCCAGAUGCCAUGCUUGCAAUGCAUAGAGUGAACGACGGCGCGAUCUGGUUUGACUUGUUUAAGAAGAAAGCCAUUGGGG